GCUUGCUCAGCCACAUCAACGGGACGCUUAAUAUAUAUAUCUCUUCUACCCUUCUCUGCUUUCGUUAGUCGUUACUCGUCACCGUGCGAUUUUUACGCAUCGUAGCUGUUAAUCUCUGUCGCUUCUGUUCCUCGUUGAGAGAUUCGCUCGCUUCGAGUUCACUCACCAUGGACGAUCUUGCUCGACUCAAAUCGGACGACCCGUUUCUUCUCCAGUACCAGCCCUCCGAACUCAGGAUCGCAUCGGAGUUUCUGACGGUGUGGCUCCCUUUCCUCUCGAGAGACCUCUGCCAAGAUUGCACUCGAAUUCUCUCUGAUCGCAUCCGCUCUCUUGGCCAAGAUGGGAAGGGAGCUUCUUCUUCAACCUCAAACAUUGUGGAAUGUAAAGAAAGAGUCGAGAAUUGUGAUGGUAGCAGCUCUCCGGGAAGUUGUAAACAUGAGGCAGAUGCUGACACCUUUUCCUUAGAGAGUUGGAAAGAGGGGGCAAGCCGGUUGUUGGAGCCAAAUUCAGAAUCACCUCUGACUGAAACCCCAAGUCCCAGAAUGUCUUGGGCUGACAUGGCACAAGAAGACGAGCUUGAGGAAGGAGAUGAGAGGCAUGAAUUUAACAAACGGGUGGUUGAUAUCAAUUCUUCAACUGGGGAGUUGAGGAUAUCGAAUUCUGUUGAGAAGCCUAAGUUGUCAUUUGAACAGAGAGAGCACAUUCGUUUCAUGAAUGUGAACAGGAAGAAAGAUUUCAUAUGUUUGGAGAGGGUUAAAGGGAAACUUGUUAACAUUCUUGAGGGACUUGAGCUGCACACAGGGGUCUUUAGUGCUGCUGAGCAGAAGAGAAUAGUUGAUUUUGUUUAUUCACUUCAGGAGAGGGGAAGAAAAGGAGAACUCAAAGGACGCACAUAUUCUGCACCAAAUAAGUGGAUGAGAGGCAAAGGACGUGUCACUAUCCAAUUUGGUUGCUGUUACAAUUAUGCAACAGAUAAAAAUGGAAAUCCACCAGGCAUUCUGAAAAAUGAAGAAGUAGAUCCUUUACCUCAUCUUUUUAAGGUGAUAAUUCGAAGGCUAGUGAAAUGGCAUGUGCUCCCUCCAACUUGUGUGCCUGACAGUUGUAUUGUUAACAUUUACGAAGAAGGUGACUGUAUACCUCCCCAUAUUGACAACCAUGAUUUUGUCCGACCGUUCUGUACUGUGUCGUUUCUUAGCGAAUGCAAUAUAGUUUUUGGAUCGAAUUUAAAGGUUUUGGGUCCUGGUGAGUUUGCUGGUUCAAUUGCAAUACCUCUGCCCCUGGGAUCGGUUCUUGUUUUACAAGGAAAUGGGGCUGACGUGGCUAAGCACUGCGUGCCUGCGGUUCCUGCAAAAAGGAUAUCGAUCACAUUUAGAAAAAUGGAUGAAUCCAAACAGCCAUUUGGCUUUACUCCAGAACCUGAUUUGCAAGGGAUUCAACCAUUGCCCUAUGAAGUGGACAAGAAACAGAGGUUAAAAUCUCCAAAUUCUGAGCGCCUGCACCACGUUAGAAGGCCGCAUUCAAGAAGAGAUGGUAAGUUUGAAUAUAGAGGAUCGGCCGAGAGAGGUGAUUUUCAAUCUGCACUCCAUUACUCGAGCCGGAGUAGAAGAGGACCUGGAAAUAGGGGAAGGGGCAGAAUGGAUGUCGAUAACUAAUCUUUUCAUCGUGUGGACAUUCUAUCUUAUUUGGAUUUUGUGCAGUUUAACCUAUAAAAUAGCCAUAUGGGGAUAUGAUUUGGGUUUCAUAAAUCUUCUCCUAGUUCAGUUUAAACUUUGUAAACUAUACAUAUAGCUGUGGUUAUUGAUAUUGAUCGAAAUUAGGAGAUGAAAAUCGUUGGCAUUUUGGUGUUGUAUGUCCUUGUCCGGGUGAA